GCCAUUCGAAGGCGGGUGGGUCGCGGGGAUAAAGAUCGCUGGAUGACAUUGGAUGGGAGGUGGAAAGUGGGCCAAGGAUGUUAUCGUCUGGCAUCGAAUGAGCUAGGAGCACUGGGCUAAUCGAUGAGUGCGUUGCGGUAGCAGUGGCGAUGGAGGACAAAGCUCUGUGGGUGGAGUGAAAUGUGCGGGCUGGAUCUGAGAACGGGCUGGGGAAGAUGGUGGUGGAGGAUAAAGAUGUAUUGUCGCGUUAUAAGACUGUAGCGGGAUAUGAACGAUGGCGGGCAGAUAAAAGGGUGGUUGUGAGAUGUACAAAGGCAGGUCGGACUGUGGACGUUUACAAGUAGUAGCAGCUGAGGCGAGGCAGGGCAUGCCCACUGCUGUUUCCCUUUUCGGCCCAACACGUGGAAGACAUUCCUCGAAUUUAGACAUAAAAGAAAACACACCACCUGCACUGCAUCGUCACAAAAGGGCAGCAUCAUGACAAUUGCAGAUUUUACAUCUCCCACACGUCGCGUCCUUCGCUUUACUACCAACUGUCGUCGUCGUCGUCGCCGUCGAGCAGGCCAAAGACAAUGAGUGGGACCUGUCCAACCAGCCAAUCGGGGUCGCUUAGCCUCGAGAAUCUAAUCUCAUCUCAUCGGAGAUCGGGCGUCCCGU